CUGACCUCAUUGACUAUCGCAUUAUGUCACACACCGAGAAAACAAUACAGAAACCAACACUCGGACUUCAAGUCAUCUUCUGGCCGUGUCCUGUUGUGAGGUUCGCCGUGGAUUUCCUGGCCCUGUCUUUGUAGAAUCUAAAGCGCAGUGUGAUUCACUUUUUGAAACUCGCUCUGCCUAUACUGCAGGACUUACUCUAAUUCGCGAUAGAGAGUCCAUCAUAUUUCUCGCUACUUUGUCUCCUCCAAGCUGUCAUCAAUCAGAGACACCGUGCUCCACGCACGCAGAUAUGAACCUCCCCGGGAGAAGGCAAGUGGCGGUAGGCCUCCUCCUCAUGUUCCAAGUGUUCUUCCACGGGGCAGGGGGUCAAGGACUGCGGGAUAUGGCUCCAUGCAACAGCAACAUCUACUGUGAUGGUCCCAUACUCGCCGCCAUGCAGGAGGCUCGCUUCUUCAACGAUUCCAAAACGUUUGUUGACCUCAACAUGAAAGCAGACCCAGACGUUGUAAUCGCCGCCUUCGAGAAUAUGACCAAGUCCGGUGACGUCACCAGAGAGAAGCUGGAGGCCUAUCUUGAACGCUACUUCGCUGGGCCUGGAAACGAGUUCGAGAAGUGGGAUCCAUCAGAUUGGAACCCAACCCCACCGUUUCUAAACAAGAUCAAGCAUGGCCCCUACCGAAAGUGGGCGGCAGGUCUGAACGAGCUUUGGAAGGAGCUAGGAAGAAAGGUGAUUCAAGAUGUGAAUGUAAACCAACAGAGAUACUCGCUGCUCUUCUCAGCUCAUCCUUUCAUUAUCCCAGGCGGUAGGUUCAGGGAGUUUUACUACUGGGAUUCCUACUGGGUAAUGAGGGGACUACUUCUCUCGCACAUGAACACGACCGUCAAAGGGAUGCUGAGUAACUUUAUUGCGUUGGUCAAGGAGUACGGCUUUGUACCAAACGGCAGCCGAGUCUACUACACCAGGCGGAGUCAGCCUCCAUUCCUCAUCCCCAGUUUCGCAUCCUACAUCAAUGCAACUGGCGAUGUCUCAUUCCUGAAUGCCAACAUCGCCACCUUGGAGAAUGAGUAUAACUUCUGGAUGAAGAACAGGAGCGUGAUUGUUGAGGCGGCGAACAAGACUUAUACCAUGAAUAGAUAUGAUGUUGACAUGGGUAGACCCAGACCAGAGUCAUACAGGGAGGACAUGGCAACUGCGGCAGGACUCGGCCCAGACGAGGCAGCAGAGCGCUUCGCGGAUUUGGCGUCUGCCGCCGAAUCUGGUUGGGAUUUCUCCAGCAGAUGGCUCCAGAACAACAACACGUCGCUGACGACAAUCAGAACAAGGCAGAUUAUACCAGUCGACUUGAACGCCCUCUUGUGCUGGAAUGAAAAGUUAUUGGGGAAAAUGUACAGAACUUUGAAAAAUAUUGCAAAGGCAGAAACGUUUGAGAAAAUGGCGGCGAUUAGACAGGCGACCAUCAUGAAUGUAUUAUGGGACCCGGAUGAUGGUAUUUGGUAUGAUUGGGAUAUGGUUGCUAAGCGACGACGACCCGGUUACUAUGCCUCCAAUAUCUUGCCGAUGUUUGUCGGUUGUUAUGGAAACGAAAACGGGUCAGAUAAAGAAGAUAUUGAAAAGAGAAUGUUCAUUUAUUUAAAAAAUGUCGGUAUCAUGGAAUAUAAGACCCCCGCACCAACUUCACUGGUCAACUCUGGUCAGCAGUGGGAUUUCCCUAACCUCUGGCCACCAACUCAACACAUGCUGGUUGAAGCCCUCGCCUCCAGCAACUUAAAGGAGGCGCGUACCAUGGCUUUUGACCUGGCUAGGAAGUUCCUAGCCAAUGCUGCAGUGGCCUGGGAUAAACAUAGGUUCAUGUUUGAAAAGUAUGACGUCAGAACGUCGGAACCAGGUGGCGGAGGCGAAUAUGAUGUGCAGGUUGGCUUCGGAUGGACGAAUGGAGUGACACUGCUCCUGCUGGAUAAAUAUGGUGCUGACGUAGGUGUGAGGUCAUCGGCGACCACACUACAAGUAGCAUUCGGACUAGUUUUGUCUAUGAUAAUGUCUGGGAUAGGAUUUACUUAAUAAAAAGGUCCUGUGACGGCGUAGCCAUGAGCCAUCCAUUUUUGGCAAGCUAUUUAUCUUAAACUUUGU